GCUUGAUCCACCAAAUAUCCUCUAGUCGACGUUGAAGAACGCUCGUAUCGUGACAUUUCCAGUGGCGCGUUCCUAUGCCCCCUGGCCCGGCGUAUAACUGGCUAUGUGUCGCGUCCGCUGCGUGUGACAUCCUCGUACGCGCCGCCAGCGCGAAGGCCGCCCAAGCAUCCGCCGGUUACACAGCGCAUAACACGGUGGUCUGGAGGCAGAACGUCCCAACCACUGCGUCUGGUGGACAGGGCAUGCAGCUGCCCGACAGUCGUAGGAACGAGUCUGGUCUUGACGCGUCAAUCCCCAUGAAAGCGCCUCUUUCCGCACCUGCCGACACAAGACUGCGCACACGCCCCCAAGAGGAUCUGGUGGAUGCGAGCAACCCUCAGACGCGACUUUCCCCAGCUGUAGAACCCGCGGUAGAGGUUUCUAUACCUGUCCAGCCGAAAAUAGUCUCGGACAAGGUCAUUGAAGUGGAGGAGACGAAGGUCGAGACUAGAAACGAACCCGCAAUACCGAUUGUGACUCCUCAGUCCGAUAAGUCACUGGAUUCGAACGGGGCCAAAGAAGAGAAAGAACCGCUGCUGGAACUAGAACGUGUCUCUCUUUCUCAACAAACUGCUGUCCAGUCGGAAGCCCCCGUGCGCCAGCUGCAGUCCUCAAAAGUUCCAUCCUCACGGAUUGGGCGUUUGUUCCACUACGGAAGUCUGGCCGCAUCCCUUGGCUACGGUGCUGCGUCGGAAAUGAUCAGGCGGACUGCUACUUCUUCCGAAUCGCAGUCCCCCCUAAUCAUGACUGAAGCGAAUAUCACACGGCUGGUCUCGAAGCUUUCUCAGAUGCGCGGCGCUGCUUUGAAGCUGGGGCAGUUCUUGAGUAUACAAGACACGCAUGUCCUUCCGGCCGACAUCGACCAGAUCUUUCGUCGCGUUCAGGACAGCGCCCAUUAUAUGCCGGACUGGCAAAUGGAGCGAGUAGUUGCCGAUGCACUGGGUCCAGAUUGGUCGAAGAUGUUCUCCUCCUUCGAUCGCGUUCCCUUUGCGGCCGCCUCCAUCGGACAAGUACACACCGCCACUCUCGCAGCUGCCGUGUCGCCGACGGGUGUUGAAGCCCGAGUCGCCGUGAAAAUCCAGUUCCCCAACAUCGGCAAUUCCAUCGCGAGCGACCUCGGAUACGUCAGUCUCCUGCUGACCGCAGGCCGGCUGCUGCCGAAGGGUCUGUUUCUCGACCGCACGAUGCAGGCCAUGAAGGAGGAGCUUGCCGACGAGUGCGAUUACACGCGGGAAGCGCGGUUCCUGCGCGCUUUCGGGGACCAGGAGCAUCUGGGUGGAGAUCCGCGCUUUAAGGUCCCUUGGGUCUGGGAUCAGAGCACGGAGCGGGUGCUGGUCAUGGAGCAUGUUGACGGAAAGAGCGUGGGAGAGGCCGCGCUGGCGAAGCUGGGCCAGCAAGACCGGGACGACAUUGCAGCGCGUGUCAUCGAGCUCUGCUUAAAGGAGUUGUUCGAGUUCCGUAUGAUGCAGACGGAUCCGAACUGGUCCAAUUUCCUCUGGAACCCGAAAUCGCGGCAGGUCGAGCUCGUUGACUUUGGCGCGACGCGUGAAUACUCGAAGGAGUUCAUGGAUGACUGGCUGCGGUUGUUGCAGGCCGCAGCACAGGAAGACCGUUCGGCGUGUAUCGAGUUCAGUCUGCGUCUGGGAUAUCUCACGGGUGAAGAAAACGAACUGAUGCUGGAUGCGCAUGUCCAGUCGAUGAUUCUCUUGGCCACUCCCUUCAGGACUUCCACAGCCCAGCCGUUCACUUUUGGCCCCGGCACUUUGUGGGCUGACAUAACGGCCCAAAUCAGGACCUUCAUCCCGGUCAUGCUGCAGCACCGCCUGACUCCGCCGCCUCGCGAGACGUACAGUCUCAAUCGGCAAGUUCUUUCCGUCUUCCAAGCUGCUCCUACUGACCUCGCUGCAGAAAACUCAGUGGCGCGUUUCUGCUAG